AUGAACAUCAGGUCGCUACCACCCUUGACUUUAUCAGGGAUGGCAAGGAUCUCGCAGCAUCUAUCCACACGUUCUCACUUGCUUGCUGCUCGUCCGGCUCUUCCUGACUUGCACCGAAAAUAUCACGGAGCUCCCAUCGGCCAACACCAAACGACGGAAUUCUUGAAGAGAUUGGUGGACGCUAAGGAAAGCAAGGAAUUGUCCUUUGGUGAGAUUGCAAAAAGGAUCGGAAGGGGCGCUGGCUUACAAAUUCCACCAACUGAUCCGUUGAUGUAUCGAUUAUACGAAUUCCUUAUCGUCUACGGGUUUCCAUUGAAAUCCAUUAUCCACGAGAAGUUUGGCGACGGUAUAAUGUCUGCGAUUGAUUUUACAUGUGAAGUUAAGAAAGUGGAGCAAGACAAAGCCGAGAGUAUGAACUCCUAA